AUGUCUUCUACGUCUGCGUCCGAGCUGAAGAGCAAGGCGGCUGCCUUGAAGGAAAAAGCAAACGAGGCAGGAAAAGCCAACCAGAAUCAGACACAAGCUGUCUUUCAAAUCUACAACUAUGAUCCUCUUUCGCGCACUUCGUCGAUGGAGAAGUUCGUCUCGCUUGGGAGUGUCGGCAACCUAACUGGCAAGAAGCUGGCCGAUCUGCGAAAGAUGCUCAUUAGUGAGGAGGUGUUGUCUUAUAGACAGCAAGGAAGCCCAUUCUGUAAUACCGAAGGAGCCGAGGCCAAGGAGGACACGCCUCUGUCGGUGUAUUUGAAAGGAGCUGGCAAUAAACUGGAAACAUCCGAACCCAAGACGGAAGAAAACCCAAAGACAGAUACGACCACCACUACGGGCGACAAUGUCCUCACUCAGGACACUCAGACUUUGAGUGUGUACCUGAAAUUGAAGAGUCUGAAGACGGAAUUAGAUACUGGUACUCAGGAGUUUCUGAAGGCUAAACUGGAUCUCGACUUACCCAAGGCCCCUGCCUUACCAACCACGAAGGCCGAGGCUAUCGCAUCAACAUAUGCUCACUCCAGCUUCAUGGCUCAAAAGGGUGGUGCUACAGUGUACCCAUCAGACAUGACCGAGAGACAUUGGAACAUCGUCUUCAGGAACAAUUGCCUUCUCCAUGGUAGUCGAACCAGCAUGUACGAAGUAUCCAUCAACAAGAAGGUCGAAAGAGCUGUCUACCCGGCAAAUGCUUCGCAUUCCCCGUUUGACUCCUACGUCGAAAUGUCCGAGACAUCCAAGUCUGUAGCGAAAGCCAUGGCCGAUAGCUCCAUGACUGAAUAUGCGGCUGAGGUGGCAAUUGGUGGGGGAGCUUUUGGUGUCAGCGCCGCAGUAAAAGGCGGAUACUCAUCGAACAGCUCUGACUCGAAGGCAACCCAGAAUGACACACAGACUAAGGUGUUGACAAUCACCUACAACUUCCCUCGGGUGGUCAUUCACCUAGAUGAAAGCAGCCUCGAGCUGACCGAAGAAUGCAAGGCCGAUAUCAACACCCUAGGUCAUAAGAUGUCUCUGACCGACUUUAACGAGAAAUACGGCCACUACUUCGCAACUCGGAUUGAACUCGGAGGGCGACUCCACUCGUCCGAAGACUGCACAAAGCUUCAAGACUCCGAGCGGACGGAGAAAGCCAAAUCCAUGAAGGCAGCUGCUAGCUUGUCAUUCUCGUCGCCAUGGGUACAGGCCUCCGCUAGUGCCAACUACGGAAGCGCCUCGAACAACAUGACGGAGAAUAAGACCAGUUCCAUGAAUAUGACCAUGACUUGGGAGGCCAAGGGCGGUGAUACACUGCUGUGCAAUAAUCCACCGGCAUGGUGCAGCACAGUGGCAUCGUAUUACAACUGGCGCGUUGUUAAGCAAGAAUCUUUGAUUCCCGUGACCGACAUGAUUAUGAAUCUUUCUGGUGGCUCUAUUCUCAAAGCCAAGAUCGAUGCCAUUAAAAACCCGCCCGGCCCAACAGACAAGACGAGUGAGGGCAAGACGGAUGCAGAUAAAACAGGUACGUCGCACGAGACAAGCCUGCCAGUCAAGCCAGAGACCCAUGUACAAGCUGGAAAGACGGAGAAGCCUGUCGCUCCCGUCAAACCGGACGCGACAUCUCAGCCUAAUAAGACUGGGAAGGUCCUACCUCCGGUUAAACCAGAAACUGUACAGUCUGGCAAAGCUUCAACCGUCUCUCCUGUUAAAUCCGAAACCUCGAAGCCAGCUGUAACUGAAAAAACAGGCACCACGGCACCGCCCAAAGUCCAUACGGUGAAGUCAAAAGUUUCCGUAUCUUUGAACGCAGGAUCUCGGUAUCUAGCAGCCACGAACGAGAUGGGAAUGGCUUUGGGUGUUCUCAUGCACGAUCUCGAUGGCAGCAAUGGCGCCUUCACCCCGGCACAGUUGAAGUUCAUCAACGAUAUCGACACGGGAAGCAUGCUAACCAGCAACUGCUCACUGGUCAACAACGCAAGCGACCAGAAGUUCGAGAUCGAGGUGGAACAUAACUCUAAUGAGAAACCACUGCUCAAACGCAACGUCACCUACCGCGUUCUGUCCAAAAACGCCGGAAAAUGGCUCACCUCCAGCUCCACCCUCCCCGGGUUCUACGACAAAUCAGCGAUCUACUUGCGCGAAUCAAACCAGGGAACUGACCAACUUGCCACGUUCGCAUUUGACUCGCUCCGCCAUCGCUCUGUGAGCGCUAUCGAAGACGGUGACUUAGCUUUUAUUCGGAUGUUUGACUCUUCCGGUCGCAGUCUCGGAGGACUGACUGAUAUUUCGUCCAACAAUGGAAAGCUUUCUGGGGCUAUCGGCACCAAGGGGACUUCGGAUAAGUUGACCUUUGCGGUGAAGUAUGUUUGA